AAACCUAUUUUAAGAAGGCGUAGGAACUCGUCGGCGUACCUGCGAGUUGCAAAUGGUGGACGGGCUGUCAUACUUGCAUCGUUAACAUCAGAGCAAAAUGUACAGGGCUAGAACGGUAUUCAACUCCUUGACCCCGUUAGCCCCAAGGGUCUGCGGGGCCGAAAGAUUCGCCUCUUGGUUGGUACGCAGCAAUCCCCUCACCCGCACGCAUCCGGUCGUCGCUGUUGAGUCAUUGAAACGUUACACGAGCCGUGCAGCUACCGAACCCUUCCUCAAUGGCAGCUCCAGCUCUUACGUCGAAGAAAUGUACAACGCGUGGCUCCAGGAUCCUCACAGUGUCCACGUGUCAUGGGAUUCAUUCUUUCGGAACAGCACAGCAGGAGCGGCACCUGGUUUGGCCUAUCAAGCACCACCAUCUCUCGCACCGAGUUACAACCAAGUACCCCUCGGAUCGUUGCUCCCUCUCGGCGGUGGAUCACAGCUUAGUCAAAUGCCUGUCAAUGAAAAAAUCAUUGACGAUCAUCUCGCUGUGCAGGCGAUAAUCCGAUCGUAUCAGAUCCGUGGUCAUCAUAUCGCGAAAUUGGACCCACUGGGCAUCAACAGCGCUGAUCUUGAUGAUAGACAUCCUCAAGAGUUGCUCUAUAAUCAUUACUCUUUCGGGAAGAGACCCCGCACUACUUACUCCCAGGACCUUCAAUAUCGAGUAGCUGCACUUACAAAACAGGAUUCUGACAUGGAUCGCGUAUUCAAGUUGCCGUCGACGACCUUCAUCGGUGGAAAAGAGAAGUCUUUGCCUCUUCGGGAGAUUUUGAAACGUUUGGAAAAUGCUUACUGCGGGCACAUCGGCGUUGAAUUCAUGUUCAUUAACUCGUUGGAACAGUGCAAUUGGAUUCGUCAGAAAAUGGAAACUCCCAACAUCAUGGACGUAACCAACGACGAGAAGAGGCUCAUUUUGGCCAGGCUUACCCGAGCUACAGGGUUUGAGGCUUUCCUUGCCCGCAAAUGGUCGUCCGAAAAGCGCUUCGGUUUGGAAGGUUGCGAAAUUUUGAUCCCAGCGAUGAAGCAAGUUAUCGACAAAUCAACGGAACUUGGUGUCGAAUCGAUCGUCAUGGGAAUGCCUCACCGAGGUCGUCUCAACGUACUUGCUAACGUUUGUCGCAAGCCUCUUAGCCAGAUCUUCACCCAGUUCGCCGCCCUUGAAGCUGCCGAUGACGGCUCCGGUGACGUAAAAUACCAUCUUGGAACAUACAUCGAGCGUUUGAACAGAGUGACGAACAAGAACAUUCGUCUGGCUGUCGUGGCAAAUCCAUCUCAUUUGGAAGCUGUCGAUCCCAUUGUCCAGGGAAAAACGCGCGCCGAGCAGUUCUAUCGCGGGGACGGAGAAGGCAAAAAAGUCAUGUCCAUACUUUUGCACGGUGAUGCUGCUUUCUGCGGACAAGGUAUCGUUUUCGAGACCAUGCACUUGUCCGAUUUACCGGAUUACACGACCCACGGCACGGUCCACAUCGUCGUCAACAACCAAAUUGGCUUCACCACUGAUCCCAGGCACUCUCGAUCCUCGCCUUACUGCACGGACGUCGCUCGCGUUGUAAAUGCUCCAAUUUUCCACGUGAAUUCCGACGACCCCGAGGCGGUGAUGCAUGUCUGCAAGGUUGCGGCCGAAUGGCGAGCAACUUUCCACAAAGAUGUAGUAAUCGACAUCGUGUCGUAUAGACGGAACGGCCAUAACGAAAUCGACGAGCCGAUGUUCACGCAACCUUUGAUGUAUCGCAAAAUUAAGAAAACUCCUCCGGGUCUUGAUUUGUACGCGACGAAACUCAUCAGCGACGGCGUCGUCACCCAGGAAGAAGUCAAAGACGUCAAAGACAAGUAUGAAAAAAUUUGCGAAGAGGCUUACACGAACGCUCGCCAGGAAACUCACAUCAAGUACAAGGAUUGGCUUGACUCUCCAUGGUCCGGCUUCUUCGAGGGUAAAGAUCCCCUCAAAGUUUCGCCAACUGGCGUCAAGGAAGAUACUCUUGUUCACAUCGGAAAGAAAUUCUCAUCGCCUCCACCCAAUGCCGCCGAAUUUGUCAUUCACAAAGGUAUCGAGCGCAUAUUGAAAGCUCGAAUGGAAAUGAUCGAGUCGCGAGAAAUCGAUUGGGCUCUCGGAGAAGCGAUGGCUUUUGGAUCGCUGCUAAAAGAGGGUAUUCACGUAAGACUCUCCGGUCAGGACGUCGAGAGAGGAACAUUCUCGCAUCGUCACCACGUGCUUCAUCAUCAGACUGUCGACAAAGCCACUUAUAGACCUCUGUGUUACUUGUACCCUGACCAAGCACCGUACACCGUUUGCAAUAGUUCACUAUCGGAGUUUGGAGUCCUUGGCUUCGAAUUGGGUUACUCGAUGACAAAUCCCAACGCUUUGGUUAUUUGGGAGGCGCAGUUCGGUGAUUUCAACAAUACGGCUCAAUGCAUCAUCGAUCAGUUCAUCAGCAGUGGACAAGCAAAAUGGGUUCGCCAGUCCGGUUUGGUGAUGCUUCAACCUCAUGGUCUUGAGGGAAUGGGCCCCGAACACUCGAGUGCUCGUCUCGAACGAUUCCUCCAAAUGAGCGCUGACGAUCCCGACUAUUUCCCACCUGAGAGCGAAGAAUUUGCCGUUAGACAACUCCACGACAUUAACUGGAUCGUUGCCAAUUGCAGCACACCUGCCAAUCUCUUCCACAUCCUGCGUCGACAAAUCGCUUUACCUUUCCGCAAACCUCUUAUUUUGAUGACCCCGAAAUCUCUUCUUCGCCAUCCUGAGGCUCGUUCCAGCUUUGAUCUCAUGACCGAAGACACCCAAUUUCUCAGAAUUAUACCCGAAGAGGGCGUCGCUGCGCAAAAUCCAAACAACGUCAAGAGAGUCGUAUUUUGCUCGGGCAAGGUAUAUUACGAUCUCAAAAAGUCGCGAGGUGAAAGAGGCAUGGAUGACAAAGUCGCUAUUGCCAGGAUGGAACAGAUCUCGCCGUUCCCGUACGACCUCGUGAAAAAGGAAGUCGCCAAGUACCCCAACGCCGAAAUAAUCUGGACACAGGAAGAACACAAGAAUCAAGGAGCGUGGACAUACGUACAGCCCCGUUUUGUAACGGCUCUGACCGGAACACGCGAUGUAUCUAGCGGAGGUUCAUCACGUGCGAGUGAAAGUAAUAGCGGUUGGUUCAGCGGCUUAUUUUCAUCGUCUAAACCAACGGCAACGGAAACGAAAACUGUGCCCGAGGUACAGUCGGCAGAAACAUCAAAACCGAAACCACGAUCAGUGAGAUACGUUGGACGACCGACAGCAGCAUCGCCAGCAACUGGCAGCAAAAUGCAACAUCUCAAGGAACUUAAACAACUGUUGGACGACACAUUCAACAUUUAAACUCCCCUCUCUCAUAGCACUGUGUAGAAAGCCAAUUUUAUUUAUUCUUUUCUAUUGUAAUUGUUCAAUCGCCUCUGUCCGUUUUAUGAAUAUUAUUAAGAGAUUCAUAUCCAUCCCCGUUUAAAGAGCUACAGCGACCAUUCUUCUUUUUUUUUGUACGUCAGACUGGCGAAACCUGACUUCUUACAUAACUAAAUGGAAAAUCAAUGACGAUAUCACAGAAGCUGCACUCUUUCCGGGGCAUGUUCACGUUUCGUUGUAGAUAGUAAUUUAAAGUUCUCCAACGAGAAUGUGUAUUAUAAAUUUCUCGUAAACGAAGACAAAAAUUAAUUGAACAUUAUGUAUAAAACUCGAGUUUGAAGGGCAGGGCUCUUUGUUUUAUUAUUUCGAGCAGUAAUCGAUGAAUAUGAGUUUGAGACUCGUGAUUGAAUUGGGAGCUGCUUCGUAUCUUUUUCUUCGAGUGCAAACAAAAGUUCCAGUCUCGCUGGAAUAACUUAUUUAUAUAUUUACCAGAUUGAAUGCGGAAGCUUGUUGUGUGCUGUGUUCUGUGAGAAGAAAAAAAAUCAGGAAAAAAAUAGACGAAAAGAAACGAAUGUAUCGCAGUAAUUUUCACGAUAUGUGAAUAUGUAUUAAAUGAUGAAAAAAAACCCGAAAAAUAAGUAAAAAAGGAGCAAUGUUUAUCCAAUUUAAUUGCAGAAGAUUUAUUCGAAGCUUUACGAAUUUAGAGCAAUGCGGUGCCAAUGAGGCUGCCGACUCGCGUGAAAUCCAAGAUUUCACUCGAGCCCGGAGUGAUCAAGUGCGAAUAAUAUCCCGGUGGAUUUAAUUUAAAUAUAUUUAGCGUUUAAAAGUGAUGCGUAUCGUAGAUUAACGAGCAAAGUAUUAUUUUCAACCUGUGCUAUUAUUUAACUUGAAAUACUCGACAAAAGUAAACAACAAACAGGCAAGAAAUGAAACACAUGUGAUUUAAUAGUUCCAAUACGACAGUCUCUGAAAGAACAUUUCUCAUGCCAUAUAUACAAACAUAGUUUUUAUCUACGGAAUACGAAAGUAAAUGGAAAAAAAAAACUAUAUUUCCAUUGAAUUUUUAUAUCCGGGGCCGAGCGAGUUCGCCAAUUGCUUCAAAACUUUUGACAGUUCCCCGUUUUUCUUUUCUUGUAAGUAAUUUAAUGGACGAGACAGACGCGUGAUAUUACAGAGAUAUGAUCGCGUAAUCAUUAUCGAAGAAAAUGGUGGCGCUAUAAUCGCAGAGGCCUCAAAGGAGGCCAUAUUUUGAAUUUAGAAAACGAGAACGAUACGUGUUCAUACACCGAGAGUACGAUCUAAACUUUCGAAAAAGACUUAAAAAAAAAUAUACAUAUAAAUAAUCUUGUUUUUUCUCAAUGGCAAUGAUGCGAGGUGGAAGGUUGUAAUCGUCCCUAAAAAGGUCUGGGCUUGAUUAGUCCCAAAGUAUUUCGAUGUAAACAGAUUUCAUUUGGGGCAUUUAAUUUAUUUCACUCUUUUAUUUUCUUUUUGAACCGUUAUUUCUGGUUACUCUUCUCAGUAUUUUCAACGUCGUUUGGUCGUCUCAUUAUCUAUGAAAUAACAGACCUUCGAGCAGCCAUUUUCUUUACUUUUCAAUUCGACCACUAGGUGUCGCAUCUUUUCGAAUUACUUCAGCAAUACUCUAUUCCAUUGCUAGCCAUAUAAUUUGAAGUAUUUCAACGCGAGACUUCAUGCUGGCAAUGCGAAGGGAAAUUGAAAGCGUCAAGUCCAUCCCUUUACCAUGUGAGACGAGCACAGUAUUUUUAAUUUUUGUUCGACGACGCUGCUCGCAUUUUUGUGAUAUCUCAAUAUUUCUUCUAUGAAUUAUCACAGACGAUUCCUGAUUGUAAUGUGCCUCGUGGUAACAUAUAGCUCAAACAAGAUAAAAAUAACUAAAAAAAUGUAAUUUUUCGGUAUCGUCUUCACCGCAACACCCAAAAGGUUUUAUCUUACCCGAUACAAUCGGGUGUUAGUAAAAUUAACACUCGUAGAUGAUGAGAGAUGGGAGUAAACGAGAGACGUGGUCCAAUGAUGAAAAUGAAUUACCUGCAUUUUUCGAUCACUUCUCAUUUUGUUAUGUAGACCGAACUAAUAAACAUAAUUUAAAAAAAAAACGAAUAUACAGAAAUAAAAUUCUAUCGUAUUAUGACAAA